UGCAGCGGGGCCGGGCCCAUGCGGGCGGCGGCGGCGGGGGGUGCGCGGCUGGGGGCCCUGCUGCGGGCCCGGCGGGACGCGGUCUGCCGAGCCAUGGCCGGGACGCGCCCCGCCGCCACCGCCGGGAUCAUCGUCAUCGGGGACGAGAUCCUCAAGGGCCACACGCAGGACACGAACUCCUUCUUCAUGUGCCGGCGGCUGCGCACCCUGGGCGUGCGCGUGGCCCGCGUCUCGGUGGUGCCCGACGAGGUGGAGGCCAUUGCGGGCGAGGUGGCCGCCUUCGCCGCCCGCUUCACCUUCGUGCUCACCUCGGGCGGCGUCGGCCCCACGCACGACGAUGUCACCUUCGAGGCCGUGGCCAAGGCGUUCGGCGAGCGCGUGGUUCCGCACCCGGAGCUGGCGGCGCUGGUGCACGACGUCUUCGGCGAGACGGCUGCGCGGCGCCCGGCCAUGAAGCUGGCGCGCGUCCCCGAGUCCUCGCGCCUCCACUACGGCACCGACCGGCGCACUGGCGGUGCCCUCAAGUACCCGCUGGUCAGCGUGCGCAACGUCUACAUCUUCCCCGGCAUCCCCGCGCUGAUGGAGCGCGCCCUGGACGGCCUGAGCCACCUGUUCCGCAGCGAGCAGACCCGCUUCCACUCACGGGCCGUCUACGUGGCGGCCGACGAGGUGCUCAUCGCGCCCGCGCUGGACCAGGCCGACGCCGCCUUCCGGGGCCGCGUGAGCCUGGGCUCCUACCCGGACUGGGCCAGCAACUACUACCGCGUGAAGCUGACGCUGGACUCGGAGUCGGAGCAGCACCUGGAGGAAGCGCACCGCUUCCUGCUGGAGAAGCUGCCGCCGGGCGUAGUGGUGCCGCUGGUGGCGGAUCCCGUGUUGCCGGCGGCCACCGAGGUGUAUGGCCUGGCGGAGUCAGGCUCAGCCCUGGGACAGAAGGUGGCAGCAGCACUGCGGACCAUCGAGGAGGCUUUGGACCGCUACAGCCUGGCCCAGCUCUGCGUCGGCUUCAACGGGGGCAAGGACUGCACGGCCCUGCUGCACCUUGUCCAUGCUGCCCUGGAGAGGCGGUACCCGGAGAGGCAGGAGAAGCUGCAGGUGCUCUACAUCCGCACCGUGUCCCCCUUCCCUGAACUGGAGCAGUUCAUCCAGGCGACCGUCCAGAGGUGCGGGACGGAGAGGGGCCGGUCCCCGGGCAGGGGACGAGCGGUGCCUCCUGCAGCCCGGCUGGCAGCUGCCCGUCCUGCCCGCCAGGUACAAGAUCCAGCUGUGCACCGUGGAGGGCUCCAUCCGGGAGGCCCUGGUGGCCCUGAAAGAGCAGCAGCCGCAGCUGGAGGCUGUCCUGAUGGGCACGCGGCGGACGGACCCCUACUCGCGCACCCUGACGCCCAUGUGCAUGACGGACCCCGACUGGCCCCAGUACAUGCGGGUGAACCCCUUGCUGGACUGGACAUACAGGGACAUCUGGGAGUUCCUGCGCAAGCUCUUCGUCCCCUACUGCAUCCUCUACGACAAAGGCUACACGUCCCUGGGGAGCAUGGCCAACACGACGAAGAACCCAGCGCUGCGCUACACUGACGCCCGGGGCCGCGAGAGCUACCGGCCCGCUUACGAGCUGGAAAACGAGGAGGACGAGCGCACGUCCCGGCAGUGAGAGCCCGUGGGCUGUGCUCGGGGGCACUGCGCCGAGACCGCCGCCUGCGGGGUCUCCGGCAGGUGUCCCUGGCCCCGCCGGGGACAGCGCUGAAUAAACCUGCUGAGUGCCAGCACUGAAUAAACCUGCUGUGCUCAGCCUGUG